GGGAGAUGAAGAUAGUGUGUUGCUUGCUUCUGGGCUCAAGGAGGAGGAGAGGAAUCCACAAGCCGACAAGAUGAGAUCCAAGGCAAGGGCGAGGAAACUGGCCAAAAGUGACAGUGACCUUGUAAAUAAUAUGUAUGAGCCAGACUCGGAUCUCCUUGCUGGUGAAAGUGCAGAAGAAGAAACCGAGGACAGCAUCAUGUCACCCAUUCCUGUAGGACCUCCCUCUCCAUUUCCAAACAGUGAAGACUUUACCCCAAAGGAAGGUUCACCUUACGAAGCUCCUGUAUACAUUCCAGAUGACAUUCCAAUCCCACCUGACUUUGAACUCAGAGAAUCUUCGACUCCAGGAGCUGGUCUGGGUAUAUGGGCCAAAAAGAAGCUUGAAGUGGGUGAAAGACUUGGGCCAUACAUCAUGAUGCAAAAGACCACAUUAAAGGAAUCCAAUCUAGGAUGGGAACAAAUUCUUCCUGAUUCAGAGGUGACGUCGCAAGAUGUCUGUCUUAGAAAGAUUUCUGAUGAAAUGGGGAAUGAAAAACUUUGCCUAGAAAACCACCAGAUGGGAAGUGGGAACUGGCUUAAGUUUAUCCGGAUGGCCUGCUCAUGUGACGAUCAAAACCUCGCCGUCUGUCAUCUAAAUGAUCAGUUGUUCUAUAAAGUUAUUAAAGACAUUGAGCCUGGGGAAGAAUUGUUGGUUUAUAUGAAGGAGGGAAAUUUUUCCCAAGAAAACAUGCCUCCCAAUCUCGACGAGGAACACACAUUCCGCUGUGAGGACUGCGAUGAACUCUUUCAGUCCAAGCUGGAUUUGAGACGGCACCAGAAAUAUGCUUGCAACACCGUCAACCACAUCUACGAAUCUCUCAGCGAAGAGAUCAAGCAAGAAGGCUUUGACAACGAACAAGUGUAUGAGUGUAAAGACUGCGAGCGUCUAUUUCCCAAUAAGUAUAGUUUGGAACAGCAUAUGAUCAUUCACACAGAAGAGCGUGAAUACAAAUGUGAUCAAUGCCCCAAGGCCUUCAACUGGAAAUCGAACCUUAUUCGCCACCAGAUGUCGCAUGAUAGCGGAAAGCGGUUCGAGUGUGAAAAUUGCGUAAAGAACGAGUCGUGGUUGCCCUGUGAUCUCCAUCCCAGAUUACCCAUAUAUUUGAACUGCAGCAACAACACUGAAGCGGAACCUCACACACCUAAAGUAGACGUAUUUACUGACCCCAGCAACCUCCAGCGUCAUAUCCGUUCCCAGCAUGUCGGAGCACGGGCGCAUGCUUGUCCUGACUGUGGCAAGACCUUUGCCACCUCCUCGGGACUUAAGCAACACAAGCACAUUCAUAGCACUGUUAAACCUUUCAUAUGUGAGGUCUGCCAUAAAUCGUACACACAGUUCUCUAACCUGUGCCGCCAUAAACGGAUGCACGCAGACUGCCGCACGCAGAUUAAAUGCAAAGACUGCGGACAGAUGUUCAGCACUACCUCCUCUCUAAACAAACACCGACGCUUCUGUGAAGGAAAAAAUCAUUACAACCCGGGAGGGUUAUUUUCUACUGGUCUACCCUUGACACCAAGUUCAUUGAUGGACAAGUCCAAGCCUUCACCAAAUCUAAAUCACUCUAGCCUUGCUUUUAAUGAUUAUUUUCCUUCAAGGGCACAUCCAGGUAGCUUAACUUUUUCCCCGGCUCCACCACCUUUUCCGACCCUGGCACCUGGAUUUCCAGGAAUUUUUCCUCCAUCUUUAUACCCUAGGCCUCCAAUGUUACCUCCUUCUCCACUACUCAAGAGCCCUAUGAAUCAUACACGAGAAGCAAAGCUUCCCAGCCCUAUGGGGAAUCCUCCGCUUUCCUUAAUGUCCUCACUGAGCAACACCAACAACAACCAGCAGGUUUCAUUGCAGGAAAAGUUUGAAAACAGUAUGGAGAAUUCAUACAUGAACAAACAUAAAUCCAGGAGCAGUGACCUAUCUGAUGGUAGCGACUUUGAAGAUGUUAACACCACCUCCGGAACAGAUCUGGAUACCAGCACUGGUAGCGGCUCAGAUCUAGACAGCGAUGCAGAUAGUGAAAGGGACAAGAACAAAGAAAAAAGCAAACCGGUCGAAAGCAAACCAGAUAUUGUCAGUAGUUCGGUAUCUAGCAGCUCGAAUAAUAACAUUGGAGAGCGACCAUUUUUCUAUUCUCAACAUUCCUUCUUUCCUCCACCAGAAGAACAGUUACUUCCAACAAUGGGAGCAGCCAAUGACUCUAUUAAGGCUAUUGCAUCUAUAGCUGAGAAAUACUUUGGGCCUGGGUUUAUGGGGAUGCAGGAAAAAAAAAUGGGUUCACUCCCCUACCACUCCAUGUUCCCUUUCCAAUUCCUUCCCAAUUUUCCCCAUUCGUUGUACCCAGCUUUUACCGAAAGGACAAUGAAUCAUAACCUUCUGGUGAAAGCAGAACCAAAGUCACCCAGAGACCUUCAGAAAGUCGGUAGCACUAGUUCAGAAUCACCAUUUGAUCUCACCACCAAGCCUAAAGAGAUUAAGCCCACCUUAAUGCCACCUAAGGUUUUGGCAUCACAGACCUCAGGGGAGGAACAGCCUCUGGAUCUUAGUAUUGGUAACAGAAGUAGAGCCAUUCAGAAUGGAACGAGGGAGGCUCGGAAAAACCAUAUAUAUGGUGAUAGGAAACUGGUGGCAGGUGACAUGCUUUCAAAAAUGUCUCAAUCGCCGCUUCCGCAGCAGCCCCCUCUUCACUACGCAAAACCUUCACCCUUUUUCAUGGAUCCUAUAUACAGCAGGGUGGAAAAACGGAAAGUGACAGAUCCUGUUGAAACAAUGAAGGAAAAGUACCUAAGACCUUCACCUUUACUCUUUCAUCCCCAGAUGUCAGCCAUUGAAACCAUGACAGAGAAGUUGGAAAGCUUUGCUAACUUGAAGGCAGACACGGGAAGUUCUUUACAACCUCUCCCACACCACCCGUUUAACUUUCGCUCCCCACCACCGUCUCUAUCAGAUUCCAUCUUAAGAAAAGGAAAGGAACGUUACACCUGCAGGUACUGUGGCAAAAUAUUUCCACGAUCAGCAAAUCUGACCCGACAUCUCAGGACCCACACAGGAGAACAACCAUACAGAUGUAAAUAUUGUGACCGGUCAUUUAGCAUUUCCUCCAAUCUUCAACGACAUGUACGGAACAUCCACAACAAAGAGAAACCAUUUAAAUGUCACCUUUGUAACAGAUGUUUUGGGCAACAGACCAACCUGGACCGACACCUUAAAAAACACGAGCAUGAAAAUGUUCCAGUGAGUCAGCACUCCGGGGUCAUUACGAACCACCAUGGGACCAGCGUCUCCUCCCCCAAUUCCGAAUCUGAAAACCAUGCACUUUUAGACGAGAAAGAAGAUUCUUAUUUCUCGGAAAUCCGAAACUUCAUUGCAAAUAGCGAGCUGAAUCAAACUUCAAGUCUAGGAGAAAAAAGGACAGAAAUCCAAGAUAUUGAUAGCAGUUCUAAAUGUUGUGGACUAGUGAACCAGAAAACAGAAGAUGUAGAUGAGGAAGAUGAUGAUGACUUAGAAGAAGACUAUGAAGAUGGAAGUCUUACCGGGAAGUCACAAGAUGAAACAGCCUCGCCAAUCAUGGAAACACAGGAACCAUAUGAAGAGGACGAGGAAGAUGAGGAGCCCACAUCCCUUACAAUGAGCUUUGAUCACACCAGAAGGUGUAUUGAGGAGGACGAUGCCGGCUUAUUAGAUAUGGAGCAGAUUCCGAAUUUUGGGAAGGGGCUGGACCUUCGAAAAACUGCUGAGGAUGCAUUUGAAGUAAAAGAUGUGUUUAAUUCAACCUUAGACUCUGAGGCAUUAAAAGAAUCUCUGUACAGGCAGGCUAAAAACCAGGCUUAUGCAAUGAUGUUAUCCCUUUCUGAAAAUGCUUCUCUACACACUCCUUCCCACAACUCCCUGGACGCUUGGUUGAACAUGGCUGGAGCUACUUCAGAAUCAGGGACCUUUAACCCUAUGAACCAUUUGUAAAGGAUGCACAGAAAAAAAAAUAAUAUUUAAAAUGUUACAGUCCCGACAUCCUAUGAGACAAUAGCAAAAAAAACAAAACGGAAUAAAAAAACAGAACACGAUUUUGAUGGCAUCAGGGGAUCGACUUGAUCUUGGAGACAAUACUUGUUUAUCUACUGCAAGUUUCCCGUUAUCUAUCUUAUCCAUUCACUGCUGAUUCUUUCAAGAGAGAAAAAAAAAAAAAAAAACUUUACAGAGGUCCAAGUUUUAAGAAAAAGACACAGAUUCUGGACAUCGUAAGCUUCUAUUAAUUGUGUUAGUAGAAAUAACUAAAAAAGUAAAAUAUUUGAUUUUCAAUUUCAAAAUGUGUUUAAAACCACUAGUAUUCUGGAAUUACUGACUUUUUUUCAAAAUUCCAAUUCCAUUAAUUAAGUUGUGGGUGAAAAUGUUUGUGGUGCUGUACAAAAACCCUUUUUGGGGCUUGAUUCCAUUACCAGUGAUUUAUGUAUCAUUUGAUUUUAUAUGAUUUUCCGCCUUCCUAAUAAUAGAAAUGAGAUAGAAUAGGUAAAGUCAGAACUUUGAAUGAGUUAAUUUUAACAGCAGUUAGGUAUGUUUCACAUAAGCAUACAUUGGCGCUCCCGGAGUUAGGCCCGGAAGCUAAGGGAAUUGUAGCUGAUUCCCGGGGCAUCUGGCGCGUAUACAUUUUUUCCGGUGGUUGAAGCCACCAUAUACCCGCUUUUCAAGAACUAUUGAACCAGGUAGAACAUCUACAGACCCUCGAACAUUUAUGUUUACGGUCAUUCUGUUUCUGUCUAGAACGCAAUUUGAAUUGAAAAUAAAUUCUGCAUUAGACAGACUGUGUAUUCCUGACAUUACAUAUAAAGCCAUAUUGAGUACAUAAAACAGUACAUUAUUACAGAAAAAAACUCUUAUUUCUGUAAAAUGUUUUACCCCCAAAGGCAUAUUUACCAAAAAUAGGGACAUUCAAUUCCAAUGAUUUUUCAACUCAUUUUCACCAGGAUUUACGUCGAGCUGCUUUUUUUGCAUCCAUUUAUUUUGAUUUUUUUUUCUCAGAAAUGUUACUAAAAAAGCAUUCCUUAAGGUUUUACUUUUUUUCCUCUUCAAAAAGGUUACCAUUUUUCAAUCUUAAAGUGUUUCAGUGUCAGUAGGGCAUGCAAAAAAAAAAAAAAAAAACGUGUGCAUAUCUCUAGCUCUGUACUUUAUUCAGUGGGGCCAAUAUUUAAGUCUAAAAUUCAUUUUAAAUAAAUAAAUGAAAAGUACCUUUUAUGUAUAUAUGCUGUACUUUCCCAGUCGUUUGUACCAUUAUAAUUUUUUUUUUUCCGAUAACAGUAUUUUUGCAUUAGGAAUCAUUAUUGUGAAGAAUUAAUGUUAUUUUAAAGAAAAAAAAAACAAAAAACUAGUGAAGGACCAAAACAAAGUAACGCAGUUGUUUGUUGUAUAGUUUCUGAACGGUGUUAGGAUUUUUUUUCAUGUGCCAAACUCAAAAAAAAAAAAAAUGUAAAAAAAUAAUAAUUGGGUGUUAUUUGGGUCGUGACCCUUUUGAGCAUCAUAAUAACACAGUUUUCAUCAGAGCGCUGUAUAAAUCUGUGAUGAUCUUCGGUUUUAAAGACUUCCUUAACUGUUUAUUUGCUGCAGUUUUCCAGACAAUCAUGUGCUUGUUAAUUUUAUUUUUUUUUUUUCUAAUUAUGUUUAAAAUAUUGUAUUUAUUUGUUGUUAUUGUUUGGAAAAAAAAAUAGACAAAUCAAGUCUAAUUUUUUUUGUAUAUGGUUCACAGUAACGUUGCUAUUUGAAACAGCCGAUUCCGCACACAGCAGGUGCCAUAUAUUAUAGAGAUGUUUCGUUUAUAAGCAUACCCGAGAAUUGAAAGCACUCUGUAAGUACUGUAUUAAAAGCACUAGACACCUGGUUGAAAUUUGUUAAAAAUAUGUAAAUAUGUGGGGGGUGGAAAAACUAGUGGUGUACAGGUGUGUUUAUUGAUCAGUAGCUUCACAAUUCAUAUCAGAAGACGGAGGGUCUGUAUGCUAAACCAGGUCGGACUGGAGCUCACCUGGCACUUUAAGGCCAACGGCAGCCUGAUGAAGUAGGUGCAGCCGACAGACGGAUACACCUGGCCGCCGGCUACAUUUUUAUGCCCACGGUCGGCCAUAUCCAGCAGCAUCGGGCACCCAUAGCAUUUGCCCGGUGUGCCAGAUGACCAGUCCGGGCCCGUGCUAAACCCCAGAUUGCCAAGAGUUAAUUGUAAUCUGAUUAAAAAGAAAAUAA